CUGACUCAUCUGGUGCACCAGAUUCGCAUGCGAGCGAGACCAGGUAGGUCAGGGUGGCACUAGUGAAAUGGAUGGAUGACACACACACGAACAUCUCACUCGAUGGGCACAGCUGUCAUGAAUGUGUCCCCCUCAGGCUGUCCCGCCUUGUCGUCUUUCACAGUCCUGUCUGGAUCCACCGAUUCGCACUCGUCCUGCUGGGUGUCUUCCCGUGCUGCUGGGUCGGGGGCUUCGCCGAGCGGUGGGGACGGCUUGUGCGGCACCAGCUUGGCCAGUUCGCCGACAUCUCGCCGCAGCUUUCGUUUGAUGGUGGCCAUCUGCGGCCCCCUCUCGUUGAUCUUCUGGAACAACAGCCGCAACACGCGCUCCUUGUCCUUCCACGCCAGCUCCCCCAGCGGCACUCUCAUGUCGGUGAUGUCAUGCAGGUCCCCUCCCUCCUCCCUCACUCGGCGGAUGGCCCCCGCCAGGAAUGUGUCCCUCUCGCCGCCCUCCACCGACACCAGUGACCCCUUGCCGCCAUGCCGCACAUACGGCAGCUCCCGAACCUUCCUCGCCGAUCUCUGCAGAGAGUCUUUCGGCAGAGGACGCAGCGAGGUGCCGCGGGCCCGGUCUUUCGGCAGUUUGAGAGGCGGGACAUUGGGCGGGCGCGUCUGGCGUCUCUCCGGGGGCGGGUAUGUUGCGCGCAUUCGCUGCUGCCGCGCUCUCGGUGCCCCCCUGGCCGGCUUCGGCUGAUCGGGAGGCUUGGCAGAUGGUGGCUGCAUCAGGGACCGGCCGACGAGCUGCAGCUUGUCCAAUGCUGACGGCGCCCUAUCGCUCUCAUCACAAGGGGGGGAGGGGAGGAAGGGGGGCGGGGGUAUGGCGCCGGGCGAUGGCCGCGAUGGAGGCGACGCUCUCCGAGCUGGCUUGGAAAUGGGUGUGCUGGGGUCGGACGUGACUUCAUUGACGAUCGCCAGCGACCGCUGGCUGCUGUGGGAUGGCACAUGGUGUACCGGCCGCUGCGUGUAGAACGAGGGCUGGUUGGUGGGCGGCUCUAUCGGCAUGGACGGCACAUGUGGCUGGGGGCGCGUCGGCAGGUCAGCACGGGCCUCGGGGCGCACAUCCGGCCCGGCCCCAGACUGUGCGGAUGAGACAUGUGCGGUGAAGAAAGAGGUGGCGAAUGAGUCCUCCUGCACAGACGGGAAGGUCUGGCUGGUCUGGUACUUCUCGGCGGCGGGUGCUGGAGGGGGCGCCACGGGGGCGGGAGGGGCAGUGGGGGCGGUUGGCUCAGGGAGAGGCAAGGCCUCUCGUUGGGUGGGGCUGAUGGGGGGUAGAGAGAACUGCAUGAUGCGCUGUCGCUCUUCUUCUAUGUCUCGCUGCCUCCUGGUCAGCCGCUCUGUCUCCAGCUCUUGAGACACCUCAUCCAGGCUGUCAUUCAGGAACUCCUGCAGCAGAGCACGCAACAGCCAGCCAUCGGUCGGCCGGUCUUUGCCACAUGGCGAUUGCUUUCGGGGCGCACCUCAACACGAGAGCGCAGGCCCAGCAGCUUCUGGCAGUCAUCCUUAGCCUUCUGAGUGGCAACGGCAUGGUCAUGCACAACUCGAUUCAGCCUCUCGACCUCUUUUGCCUGCACCCGGCACAGCUCAAUCAGCUGUUCCUUUGACGUGGGCGGCACAUCGGAGUCAGCCGAGGUCUUUCUCCUCCCCUUGGAGGGCCGUCUGAUGGUGUCUCGAAGGCCGGGGAUGCUCUUCGCGCGGAUCUUGGGCGGCAGCGGGGGCGCCGUCAGUCUCUCUGUCAGCUCAUAGGCUGAGACACGGGGGCCCUUGGUGGCCAUCUUGGAGGGGCGUGGCCGGUCGGUGAGGGGAAGGAGGCAUGUGCGUGACUGGUCGAUGGAAGAGGGGAGGGCGGGGAGGGGCUGACCGUCGAGAAACGUGUCCACAUCCUGCCUUUCUCGCUUCAGCUGGGCUGAUAGGUUCUCCGAGUGGCCUUCGAGUGUGUCGAUCAGCGGCAGCAGGGUGGUGUUCAUCUUGCGGCUCUGCGCCAGAUGUGAGGUGGCCUUCUUGAGCAUCUCCUUUGUGGUCUCGUGCUGGUGUCGCUCUUCCAUGAGCUGCGACUUGAUGUCCUUGAUUUGCUGCUUGAGCUGCUGUCUCUCCGUCUGGUAGAGCUGCACCUCGCUCUGCCACUUGGACGACAGCUGCUGCUGUGCCUUUAGGUCCUCACCCAGCACUCGGGCCAUCUCUUCUUGUUCGGUCGCCAGUAUCUCGCUGCGGACCUUCUCUUUCAUGCCUGCAUGGAAGUUGUUGGGUGGGUGUGGUGUGAGAGACAGAGAGAGACAGUGCGCAUCGCAUCGAUGGCUUGCUCUCACCAACCGGCGAUUUGUUGGGUCUUUUCUGCCAGCUCUCGUUCGUGUCUCUUGGUCUGGUCGUAGAGGGUCACUUUCAGCUUCUCAAUGUCCUCCUGCUGCCGGUGGAUCUCCUCGUGGUAUCGCCGCUCGUCGCGCCUGAAGGCCUCGUAGGCAGCAGACUCGGCCUUGAAGGCCUCGUUCUCUUUCUUGAGAGCCGCAUUCUCCCGUUGCAGUGCAUCCAGCCUUUCCUUUGCCCCUCCUUCCCACUUGCUCCUCUCCUCGGCCAGCCUGAUGGUGAACUCCACCUCUUGGGACUCGAUGUCCCGCUCGAGACGGCAGAUGGUCUUUUCUCUCUUUUUGAGCUCCUCGUGCAGCCACUCGGUCACCCGCUGAGAUUCCCUCUCCUGGCUCUCCAGCUUGUCGGCCAUCAGCUCAUGCUGCUUGUGCAGCUCCUUGAUCUUCUCGGACUGCUCUUCCACCCUCCUCUGCAGCCGCUGGUGCUCCGCCAGCAUUGCAAAGGGAAGCUGGAAGGCAUUCUCCGAGUCUUGCAGGUCGGCGCCGGGGCUCGGCGGCCGCCGGUGCUUCCGCAGGUACUGAAAGGUGCCCCUUUUGGUUUUGAUGGAGACGUGCUUGGUCCUUUUGAAGUAGGAGGAGGCCCUGGCCUUCCUCGUCAGGUGGGAUAUGUGUCGGUCGUGUGGGGAGGCCGUGCGUGCGCUGCUGGGGCGGCUCUUGUCCCAAUGGCUGGUGGCCGCACUCUGCGAGGAGAGAGGGGUAGAGGGCAUCGACUUUGAACGGGCUGAC